AUGGACUACAUUCACGGCACGCCCGCCGACAAACUCAGCCACGCCAAAUGCGAUCCCGAUAUGUAUGGAACACCAGAUCAAGACCGAUGUUUCAGAGAGCAAAUGGUCAAAAUUCAAGUUACGCUGUCCACCUUCAAGUUUGACAAGAUAGGAAGCCUGCACUAUGAUGAAACCACAUCGGAAUUCUUCAUCGGCCCCGAGUUGGAGACCGGCAAGGGUCCCUGGAACUCGUCAAUGGAGUACUACAACGAUCUCGCAGACCACGUGCUUCAAGUCUGUGAAAGAAAUGCAUCGUCAAAACUCCGGGAGAGUCCUUCAUUCGAAAACCCUAAUCUCUUUAAGCACCUCAUGCAACUGUACAGCAGCUCCAACCAAGGACCGUUCAGCCUCGUGGAUCGCGACUUUGGGGCCAACAACCUUCUCGUUGAUAACGAGUUUCGAAUCUAA